ACACUAUUUUAUUUUGGCAAUCACUGUAAUAUUGGUUUGUCAAGUCAGUAGUCAACAAUUAAAUUCCAAUGAAACAGAAGCUAGAAAUUUCUUAAAUUGUACAAGUGAAGAAAUGUUUACAUUUUUCAAUAAUUUAACUGAUAAAAAAUUUAAUUUCGACGUAAAUUCUCAACGCAAUCAAUACAAAUUAAAUCGAAAUUACGUAAAUUUUGUAAAUAAAAUUGUUACGAAUGCAAAAAAAUUCGACUUUAACAACUUUAAAGAUAAAGAAUUAAAAUAUGCAUUUGAAGUUUUGGUUCAAUUAGCUGAUGAGAAUAUAAUUGGAGCAUCUCGAAAUUCAAGAUUAUUAGAGUCUUUGAGAGAGCUUGAUUAUUUACCAAGCUAUAAAGAAAUUCCAGAAUAUGAUGAUGAUAGAGUGAAAUUAUCAUUUAAAUCACAUGUUGAAGAAAUAAUGAAAAAAACUACUGAUGAAGAAGAACUCAAACACUAUUGGAUUGAGUGGAGAAAUGUAACUGGAAAUUGGGCAGAGGAUAAUCUUAUGAUCACUAUUGACGCAAUUAGGGACGCUGCUGCUUUGAGUGGUCUAUCACCUGUAGAAUUUUGGUCUAGAGGCUUCAACAUAACCGAUAUGGAACAUUUAAUGUGGAAAACACGUUCUCUUUAUUGGCAACUUCAUGCGUUCUUUCGAAAUCUAUUGCAAAAAAAAUUUGGCAAAUCUAUUAUUGGACCAAGUAGACUAAUUCCUGAUCAUUUAUUUCGACAAAUUGGACAUCAAAUUAUGACAAACUAUAGCAUAAUUGAAGAAUUGUUUCCCUACAAUAGUCUUCCACAUAUAGAUGUUGACGCACACUAUUCAUCAACAUUGUAUGAAAUUGCCGACUUAUUUUAUCAAAAUUUAGGUUUUGAGAAAUAUCCAUCAAAUAUUUGGGAAGAUCGUAUAAAAAUAUUUCAACCUAACAAAUCAGUUGAAAAUGAAGAAGAAGAUGAAGAUAAAGAUAAAACUGAUGAUGAUUAUUCAUUUGUUCAUUAUGAUUAUGAUGAAGAUAGAGAAAUUGAUAAAGUCGAUAAUUGUGAAGUUCGAACUAUUUAUAAAACUCCCAAUAUAUCUCUACAAUAUUGUGAUAAUAUGGACUUUUUGGAUUUUCUUGAAGCUCACGCAGAAAUGGGAAAGCUUUAUUAUGCCAAAGAAAUGAAAGGUUUGCCAGCAUAUUUUUUUGGUGCCCCGCAAAAUUUAGACUAUGCAAUUGGAAAGACUGCAAUGCUUACAGCAUCGACUUAUGACUAUGUAGAGAAGAUUGAUACUCGAUUGAUUGGAUUUUAUGAUAUCACAAGUAAAAUUGAAAUGAAUCGAGUUUUUCGAAUGGCUGUACAACGAUUUUUAUACCUACCAUUAGAUUUUGUUCAUGCUCAAGUUAUGAUAGAUUUGUUGUCAGAAACCAUUACAUUCGAGGAACUUAACGAUCAUUAUUGGUAUAACAUGAUGACAUAUGCUGGGAUAAAGGCUCCAGAAGGACAUACUACUGAUACUUAUGAUUUUCCUUUCAAUUUUUAUCAAGAAAUGAACAACAAUCAAAUGUCAAUUGAAUUUACAACAGAAAUUUUGAGUUUUCAAAUUCAUAAAAAAUUAUGCGAACUUAGUGGAAAAUUUCCAAAAAAAGCUUUGCAUUUUUGUAGCAUAUAUGGAAAUGGAAAUCGAACCAGAGAUGCUGGUAAUGCAUUAAAAAAAAUGAUGAAAUUUGGAAAAUCAAAACCAUUUAACGAGGUUUUGGCGUCCAUGUUUCCUGAAGAUCCGAAAGUUACUGCUGAUGGAAUAUUGGAAUUCUUUAAACCACUCAAUAAAAUGCUUGUUAGAAGGAACAAAAAAGCUAACAUUAAUGUUUUGGGUUGGGAUCUUACUUUGAUUGAUUGAUUUUGAAUGACUUUUAGACAGUUAAAGGCUUUGAACGUAAAAUUCCUUUACACAGGUUCUUAAAGCUCCAAACAAAAUAAAUAUAUAUUUCUUUUGAACUUGUUUAUUUUAUAAAAGAUUAAAUAUUUUUUAUCUUGUGUAUGAAUGUCAUUUAAUUGAAUUAUCAACUUGUAUCAAAUUACAUUAAGCCCAGAUAAGCUAUAGACCAAAGAUAAAAAAAAUAAAAUAUACUUACAUCCAA